AUGUCUAGACUGAGUCAGCAGGUAGCAAAUUCAAUUACCAGUACAACCAGCGAUGAUUUAGAUGCGCGUCAAACAGACGAGGAGCAACUCAAAUCAACCAUCUUUGUUUAUGAUUCUGAGAACUACAGCUCUGCGGAGCCUCAGUUUAAAUCAGGAGUCAAAACAAACGUUGCGGAGAAAACAAUAGAGGUUGAUGAAGAUGAUUUUUCAUUCAUUGAAGGUGAUAUCUCCUUGAUGAAUAACUCACCAUAUCCUGAAGUGCGAGAAGUUGUCCCGAAUACAGAUGACCCGACAAUUCAAAUCAACCACUGGCGGACCUGGACGCUUACCACCAUCUUCGUUGUUGUAUUUGCAGGAGUUAACCAGUUCUUUUCAUUGCGUUAUCCUAGUUUAACAAUUAAUUUUCUUGUCGCUCAGGUUGUUGCUUAUCCAGCUGGAAAAUUUUUGGCAAGAGUUUUACCAGAUAUUAGAUUUAAAAACUCAUGGUUCAACUUGAACCCCGGUCCCUACACUAUCAAAGAGCAUGGAAUCCUAACAAUUUGUGUCGCUUUGACUUCAUCAACUGCAUAUGCCAUGAAUAUUUUGAUUGCUCAAACAAAUUUUUUUGAUCGGGAUUUCGGUGCAGGAUAUCAAAUUCUUUUGGUCUGGACAACCCAGUGUCUAGGAUACGGUCUAGCAGGGGUGUCAAGAAGAUUCCUGGUCGAUUCUCCAGCUAUGAUUUGGCCUCAAACUUUGAUCAGUGUUUCCAUGUUUGAAACAUUACACUCCUCAAAACUUGAGAACGCUGUCAUCAAUGGUUGGAAGAUAUCAAGAUACUACUUUUUUUUAGCUGUCUUUGCCAUUUCCUUUGUGUGGUACUGGUUUCCGGGAUUUUUAUGGACCGGGCUCUCAUAUUUCAACUUUGUUUUAUGGAGCCCUGAAACCAGGAACAAUUUUGUUGUCAACUUUAUUUUUGGGGUUAGCGGUGGUAUUGGUGCCAUUGCUAUAACUUUUGACUACACUCAAAUCUCGCAAGCCAUGACUGGCUCUGUGUUUGCCACUCCGUUUUGGGUAGUUGCUAACACUUAUGCCUCAGUCUUCAUUUUCUUCAUCUUUUUACUGCCUAUCUUGUACUUCACCAACACCUGGGAUUCUAAAUACUUGCCCGUUAUUUCAACAUCUACUUUUGACAACAAGCAGCAAAAGUACAACGUUACCAGAAUUUUACAACCCGAUUUUAUCAUUGAUAGACAAAAAUACAGAGAAUAUUCCCCUUUGUUUAUACCAUUUUCGUAUCUGUUAAGUUACGCUUUGAACUUUGCUGCUGUUAUCGGAAUCUUUAUUCAUACAUAUUUGUAUCAUGGGAAAGAGAUAUAUGGCAAGCUUAAAGAUGCAAGACAUGGAGGUGAAGACAUUCACAAAAGAUUGAUGAACCAAUACACAGAAGCUCCAGACUGGUGGUACUUGGUUUUAUUUGUAAUCACUUUGGCACUGUCGUUCGUCACUGUCUGCAAUUGGGAUACCGGAUUUCCAGCAUGGGGCCUUGUCAUUGCCAUCCUAAUUAGCGUGCUCAAUUUUGUUCCACAAGGUCUAUUGGAGGGUAUCACUAAUCAGCAUGUGGGUUUAAACAUCAUCACUGAACUCGUCUGUGGGUAUAUGUUGCCGUAUAGGCCUUUGGCUAACGUUUUGUUCAAAGUUUACGGCUUUAUUGUCAUGAGGCAAGGUCUUGAACUGUCGAGAGAUUUGAAAUUGGGAAGGUAUUUGAAGAUUGCACCGAGACUAUUGUUCUUUAUGCAGAUUUGGUCCACUUUGAUUGCAGGUCUGGUCAAUGUUGGCAUUCAAGAAUGGAUGAGACAUAACAUUAAGGAUAUCUGUCUCACCUCCCAACCAGACGGAUUCAUCUGUGCAAAUGGCCGAACUAUUUUCAAUGCGUCCAUCAUCUGGUCGCUUCCAAAAUACUUGUUUUCACCAGGUCAAAGAUACAACGCAAUCAUGUACUUUUUCCUUAUCGGAGCCUUUGCACCAUUUUUCACAUAUGCCCUUCACAAGAAAUGGCCCCACAGGUGGUUCGGCAAAAUAAAUGCUCCUGUGUUCUUUACAGGACCUGGAAAUAUUCCACCUUCCACGCCGUAUAAUUACAGUGUCUAUUUUGUGGCUAGCGCCAUACUUACCACCAUAAAAAACAAAUGGCCGAGAUGGCAUGGCAAAUACAAUUUUGUGAUGGGAGCAGCUGUUGAGACGGGAGUUGCUUUGGCUGUUGUUCUAAUAUUCUUGUGUGUGCAAUUCCCUGGAGGGACGCUUGAAUGGUGGGGAAACACUGUAUGGAAGGAUACUUUGGAUGUCAAAGGUACACCUUUUUAUACAUUGCCUGAAGGCGAGACCUUUGGUCCUGAUAAAUGGUGGUAA